AUGAAGACUUCAAUUGCCGCUUUUCUGGUCGGGGCCCUUUUUGCCCCCAUGGCUCUGGCAGGCCUGACCACUUCAAUUUGCAACAGUAUCGGAGGCAAAAAUCUCGGGGAUGAUUCAAUCUGCAGAAAGGCCGGCGCUAAAGCCCUGGGCAAAGGAUUAUGUUGCUUCGACAGAAGUAAUGCUCUAGUUCUGGAGAAAUACACCGCUAACUGCGACGAUCUGUCGGGGACUGUCCAGGCUCUUAACAAUCCUUGUUCAUGAAGCAUGUACCAUACCUAGUUUACUUGGCUAGUCGGGAGGGCAUUUUAACAAAGAGGACUUAAUUCGUUAUUUCUGGCAAAAUAAAAUGACCGUUGAUUAAG